AUGACAAAACGUAAUAUAAACUCCAAUUCCUUAAAAACCAAAAAAGUUACUCGAGAUACACAUAUAAGAGCUAUCAAGUUAGCUUUUAAAGCACUUGCUAGUCCCAAACCACCUAAAGCAACUUUAAGGCAUGCAAUGAAAAAAGAUUGUUUAUCUAACCACUCUGGUUCUAUAAUGGUCUUGAGUAGCUAUGAAGAAGAACAAUUAGUAGGCUAUUGCAAAAACAUGCAAAGCCUAGGAUUUGGUCUUACAAGAUUGGGAGUAAACACUUGCAUGAUGAGUAUUGUGAAGAGUGAUGGUCGUGAACAUCUUUUUAAAGAUGAUGGUUCUGGCAAGACCUGGUGGGCACAUUUUAUAAAAGAUUAUUCUGAUCUAUCUUUUCAAAUUCAUCAAGCCUUGUUAGAGGCACAUGCUCAAAGAGUGAAUUCAAUUAUUAUUAAAGAUCAUUUUGAUAAAUUAUAUAAAAUAAUCCAAAAUAAUUCACUUACUCCAGACUCUCCUAAGGUUCAAAAAGUUCUUGUAGAAAAAGGCACCCAUCAAGUUCAUAAGGUUGCACAUAGUAACUCUCACAAUCAUAUUUCAGUUGCAUCAACAACUUUAGCUGCUAGUGAUUAUAUCCCUCUAUUAAUUAUAUACAAGAGUGUUUGUGCAAUUUCUGGUUUGUUAAAUGGCACUCCAUCUGGUAUGGUUAUAGGCUUUACUGACUCAAAAUAUAUGUGUAAAGAACUCUUCCAAAUGUAUAUUGAACAUUUCAUAAGUUCUAUUCCUCCUUGUCGUCCUGUUCUUUUAAUGCUUAACAGUCAUAGCAGUCAUAUAAAUUAUAUGAGUAUUAAUUUUUGUCAUAAAAAUGGAAUUUUACUAUAUGCAUUGCCACUUCAUACAACACAUAUUCUUCAGCCAUCAGGACUUUCUUUCACCAAACUUAAAACCAAAUAUAGUAAAAAUUGUAAUCAACUUCAUAAUAUAACUGGUAAAUUGGUAACUAAGUACAUAUUUGCUAAAAUGCUUAGUCCUGUGUUUAUCAAGACUUAUACCCUCACAACGAUAUCUAAUGCUUUUAGAACUACAGGCAUUUGGCCUUUUAAUCCUAAUGCUAUUAGCCUUCAUUGUCUCAAUUCCUCUUUAACUAUUAAAUGA